AUGCAACUGGAUUCGGCGAACAGAAUGAUGGCAGACAAUCCAAACUGUUUUUAGAUAUACACACUGCGUCAGCCUUCUAGAAGGAGGAGAUCAUUGUGUUGUCAUCGCCGAAAAUGAUUGAACGCCAAUGGCCAAAGAAUUUUACGCUUGAGAAGAAGUGAUUUUUCGCCGAUCUCUUACUGUACGCCAAUUAAGUUUAUCGGCGAAUGCAAAUAAGGAAGAAGGCGGAGACGAUGUGUCCUCUCCAAAGCCAGCUGUGCCUCAGCACCGAAUUUUCAUCAUGGAGAGCCGCUGCAGAGCUAAAUGGAGCCCGUUGACUUAACCGGAACACUUGAGAUUUACUUUCCCUGAGUCGUAAUCACAACCCUUGCAGCAAUGUCUGUUUCUACGGUGUUGGCAAAGGCGCUGUUUGACAACACAGCAGAGAGUCCAGAGGAGCUAGCGUUCAGGAAGGGGGACAUCCUGAUGGUUCUGGAACAGGAGCAAAGUGGGGGACCUGGCUGGUGGCUCUGUUCCCUGCACGGUCGCCAGGGCAUUGCCCCCGCCAACCGUCUCCGCCUCCUCCAGACUGCCCCGCCCCCUGGCCCAGACACUGUAUACUUGCCGCCUGGUGCGCCGCUGUCCCGCACGGCCGCAAACAGCAGCGUAGAAGACGUAGACAGCGUGUACCGCUCCCCGCCAGCUGUGGGUGAGGGGCGAGCAGCAGCAGCUAAUGCAGCCUUGAGACCAGGGGAACUUCGCCGGGUGGAGAGCGGGCGCCCACGCUCUCAUUCCAGUUCUGGGUCUCGACCCAGGCCUGAGUGGGACAUGGGAGUGGCGGGUCGUCCACGCUCCCCAUCUCUGAGAGGACGAGGCACAGAAAUGACAGGAGCUGUUUAUCAGACCCCAAUAAGCCCACUUCCCUCAGCUGCUCAGCAUGCCAGACAGCAAGGAGUUCAAAUGGCUCCAGAGUCUGUGUAUCUGUCCCCCAGAGUUGCCGACGAGUCUGAGGACACCACAUAUCUUGUCCCUAGAGAAACAAUCGCAACAGAAGUUUCUGAUGACUGUUACUUGGUGCCAAAAGGGACACCACUGUCAGGUGAAGAGGUUUACCAAACCCCAACAGGAGGGGUUCUGGCCUCUCCGGCCUGCACUAAUGGCCCCUCCUCAGUCGGCGGAACAUCCGGGGCCCCCCAGUCUAAAGUCAGCCAGGACAUUCCUGGGAUGUAUCAAACCCCCACAUCUGUGGCAGUAAGCCUUCCAAGGACUUCAACCGCAGCUCUGGUCCAUCAGCACUCAUGUCAAUCAUCUCCAGCCCAGGUGUCUCCCAGACCUCUGCUCAAGGGUGCACCACCCAACCCUGCUGUGGCCAGAGGCAAAGCGGGUCUGGUCUGCCACAGAGGGUCCCCGUUGCUGGUUCGAGCCGGGCACCCGCGAGCUCCUGGCUCGCCGAAUUUUGCCCGAAAGCCCCCUCCGCCCGCACCCCCUGUGAGGGGGGUCACCAGGAAAGAUGGGCAGCAGGCCGCACCUUUGUCGGGGGAUUCUAGUGUUACCCCAAGCCUUGGCUGUCGGGGCACCCCUGCAAGCCUGCAGCAAGAAUUGGACAAACAGAUAAGUCAGGACCUGGAGAAAAGCAAUAAUAUGCAAAACAAUAAAGGAGAAGAUUAUGCAGAUCCUGUGGAUGACCAGGUUUACGACACCCCUCCCAGUGGCAGAUGGCAGCGUCCAGUGCCGACUGUCGUUGAUGAUGACGAUGACAGCAUCUAUGAUACCCCUCGCAGUGUCCCACCACACACCAACUCUGAAACAGAGGUCUAUGACGUUCCCACCAUAACGCUGAAUGGGUCUAUAUCUGAAGUCACUUCAGUGCCUGGCGAUGCUGAUGAUGUCUACAGUGUACCCACUCUUCCUGGUGUCCCUCUGGGUCCCGGGGAGUCCACUACUAACCUCUGUGGGGAGGACGCCACCCAGAACGGGCAGCUCUACUGCGUUCCAGGCUCUGAGAAGCGAGCAAGCACGGGAGAUCAACAGCGGGACUCUUUGGAACCAGACUGCGGCGUAUAUGACAUGCCUGCUCUGACGGCCGAAGUCCUGCCUCACUCCUCCUCCUCUUCCUCCACUUCCACCCGCCGUCUCUCAUUGUCCAGUAACGGCUCUGGGGAUGUGCAGUGGAGAGCCUCGCUGUCCAGCCUGGUCCACGCCGUGCUGAGUACCACCUCCAGCUCGCCCACCGCGCUGUCGUCCCGGGAUCUGGCCACCUCCUUGGCAGAAAUCCUGUCCACGUGGAAAGCCAGUCACUCCGGGGAUCCUGCGGCACCCCUUCAGCAGGCCUGGGCUCGCCUAUCAGACCUUCUGCCUGCUUUGUCUGCCAUCGGCAACGCUCCUCCGUCUGAAGGACUCUUGUCUCUGGUCCAGCGGUCCCUUGAGGAAAGCGCCCUCCUCUUGCAGACUCAGGGUCGCCCCCGACUCCCUUCCCAGGAAUCUCUGUCACGCAGGCCGCUGCCCGCGCUCCCGGUGUCCGAUGGGAAGUCGUCUGGAGGUGGAAUGGGCUCCCGUAAGAGUAGCUGGAUUCAGGAAAGGCCUUUGCCCCCAACGCCGCAGCCGGCCUUCCCCUUGGCUCCCACUUCGGCCACCGUGACCCUCACAGUGUGCCCCAGCAACAGUGAGGACGACCCCAGCAACGAGUAUGCAGGAAUCGGCUUGACCCCUGUUCCUCCACCUGUCACUAAUGGAGAUAGUGUUGGAUAUGUUAAGCUGCAGGGAAAACCAGAGCUUCCACUAGCUCAGAACGGACAAACGAUCACUUCAGAGCCAAGACUGACUCCAUCCCCUCCUCUGCCGGUGUCCCUCUCCCUGGAGGACUCGGAGCUCCUCUCCUUCUACUCAUCCCAGAGCCUCGCUCACCUCUCCUGCCUGGCCGACGCCAUCGAUGUGCUCUUCACCAGUGUGCAGGGCAACCAGCCGCCUCGGAUCUUUGUGGCCCGCGGGAAGAGCCUCAUCGUGACGGCCCACAAACUCGUGUUCAUCGGCGACACGCUGUCUCGACUCCUCACCUCCGCCGACCUCCGAGCCAAGAUCACAACCUCCGGGGGUCGACUGUGCCAGGCCUUGAAGGCGGUUGUUGUGGCGACAAAGGGCGCCGCUCAAAACUACCCGUCAGUGUCGGCGUCCCAGGAGAUGGUUGAUCGGGUCGCUGAGCUCUCCCAGCAGGCAGCGGGCUUCUCCACUCUGCUCCAGCGCCUGGCCGAGAUCUCCUCGUGAUGCCCCCAGCAUGAAAACCCUUGUUGACACUACACACCUUCUCUCUUGGAAAAAUGCCUUAUUUGUUGUUACACUUUACACACUACAGCCCUGUGUGUGCUUCAGCUCCUUCCCUCUUGUGUGUGUUAACUUAUUGAGGAUGGCAGGCUGCUUAUAGCUUUGUGUGUCUUUUGCUUUACAAUGUUGCUUUUUCCCUCCCCGAGUUCUAUCUAAAUAUAGCACAGAAGGACACGUUUACAUUCUGGUUCUGGCCUACUUUUUACUGUGAUACCUUGAAGGCUUUCUCUGUUAGCGCCUCUCCAUCCUUACUUAGCCUGUGCUGUGCUGUGUUUGUGUGAAACGUGAAGACUCCAUGUUGUAAUCCAGUCCAUGUUGGAUUACACUCAGCAUCCACGACACACCUUUACUUGAAGAUUAGCAUCUGACGGGAAUCCCCGGAGCAUGAAUAAUGAAAGUCGUGGGACAAAUUGCCCAGUGCUUUUCCUUCCCACAGUCGCACAAAGGAUGAGGAACCUGUCUAUCAACCUUACAUGUCUCCACAUGUUGUGAUCUGCAUGCUGUCGUUUGCAUUUUGCAUUAGUGUCCCACUAAAUGCUCUGCUCAUCUGGAAGUAGUUACACUACUGCUUUCAUGUCUGUCUUCCACAAAAUUGGAAUCAAGCCCCUUUACUUAACCUACAAUUCAAGUGUCUAAUUUAGGAUCAUUUGGGAGAGCGCCAUAAUUAUUUUGUCAUCCUUAACAAGCAUAUUCUGAAGAACUCUUCUCUCCUGUCCCAUUUUUCCCCUGCUGUAGUGUCACCUUGUGGAUGUUUGAAGUAUUAUUAAUAUACCUAUAUGAGUAUGAAGAGAGCAAGUUACCUUUUAUAUUUAUUAUGUUUUUUGGAAUUCCUGUUUCAUAGCUUUAAUAUGCUUCCAUUUGUCAUAUGCGCACCAUUUUUACCUUGCGUGAUUUAUUGCAAAGAAAGUGGUUUGUUUUUAUUUACGGAAAUCUAUACCAAUCACAUCAUGCAAAUUUUCUACACUAUAUGAACUCAUUCCCAUUUGCUGAGGUAUAGAACCAUACUGACCUAAACCUCUACAAUUGAACACUAUAUUCUAUCUGUCGUUGCUGUUCAGAAUAAACCAAUACAUUUUUUAAGUAAUGAAAACAGUCCUUUGUCCUUGAAAGUUACCAUUACCAUUACGCAGUUAGCAUGAAUAUAUGGAGUAUAUUCUAUAAUAUCAGUGCAUGUCAAUAUGUAUUUUACGCAGAUACAGGAUUAAAAUGCUUGUGUUUGCAUUUAUGACUUUGUCAGACUAUUAUGCAUUUGUUGAGGUAACAAUUUUAGGGUAUGAUAAUGCCUUGCAUUGGCAUAUGCAAAAUAGGAUAGUCCUACAGAACGGGUGUCCAAAACAAG